UUUCGAAUGAAAAAUGAAAAUUUUUCGCACCUUUUUGCUCUUGUAAAUUUCCCGCCAUACACUUUUAAUAAUACUCGUGCCAUCUGUUCUUUUCUUCAUUGUGCACUUUCUUUCGUGUGAUCGUUGUUCUCAUCUUAGUACCUUUUAUCCGCAGUAAUUCGCGUUUAAUUUAUCGAUAACUUCGUAAUCACCAACCGAUCAAAAUGUUCGAAGCCAGAUUAGUCCAAAGUUCCAUCUUGAAAAAGAUCCUGGAAGCUAUAAAAGAUCUACUGAACGAGGCAACUUUCGAAUGCUCAGCUUCCGGUAUACAGUUGCAAGCUAUGGAUAAUUCUCACGUCAGUUUAGUAUCCCUCAAUCUACGAAGUGAUGGCUUCGAUAAGUACAGAUGCGAUAGGAACUUAUCCAUGGGAAUCAACUUGGCCAGUAUGACCAAAAUCAUGAAAUGCGCUGCCAACGACGAUGUAAUGACGAUGAAAGCUCAAGAUAACGCCGAUACUGUCACGUUCGUGUUUGAGUCACCUAAUCAAGAAAAAGUCUCCGAUUACGAAAUGAAAUUGAUGAAUUUGGAUCAAGAACAACUUGGAAUACCUGAAACCGAUUAUUCGUGCGUUAUCAAGAUACCGUCCGCCGAAUUCGCUAGAAUUUGCAGAGAUCUUAGUCAAUUCGGCGAGUCUAUGAUUAUUUCUUGUUCUAAGGAAGGCGUUAAAUUUUCAACAGCUGGAGACGUUGGUUCAGCUAACGUGAAAUUAGCCUCAACCUACAAUGUCGAUAAAGAGGAAGAAGCUAUCGUCAUCGAUAUGCAAGAACCAGUAUCGUUGAAUUUCGCCUGCCGAUACCUUAAUUCUUUCACUAAAGCUACUCCAUUAUCGCCUCAAGUCCAAUUAUGCAUGUCUGCCGAUGUUCCUUUAGUAGUAGAAUACAAAAUCGGAGAUGUCGGAUAUAUUCGUUAUUACUUAGCUCCUAAAAUCGAAGAAGAAGAUAGUUAAGUUAUUAUUUCCGAUCAGAUUUCUGUUUUAUUUCCAAUCGUAUAGUGAAAUAUCGUCGUGAGUAUUCUAUUUGUCAUUCAAAAUGUCCUGUAAUAUUGAGUAAUUGACCAUAAACCGAUUCCUCGUUCUUUUUUUUUGAUAAAUAUUUAUUAUAUAUUUUAUAAAAUUUGAAUACUGAGAGUUUUAUUGUAUUUUUUUUUUUUAGCACAUCGAAUGUACUGCUGUGUAAAUGUGUAUCACAAUAAAACUGAUUACUUUUAUAA